AUGCCACACGCGGGCCCGCACAACAGAGGCACAAAAGUGGCGAGUGCCCUCGGCGGCCUCCCAGCAAGCGCAGCAUAAUAGCUUGGGAUUUGGGUGAUUCCAGUCUACAGAUAGAGAGAGACGUUCAAGAGAGAGAGCCCCUAGCUUCCACCCCAGUUCUCUUCCUCGGUUCCUAUCCUUCCCAUUUCUUUAGCAUCUUGCUCCCGCUUUCUACUAGUAGUUCUCAAGUAAAUUAGAGGUGGCAUGUUUCCCGUCGGAUGAGAGAUUUUACAGCAUUUUAGCCUUUUCUCUCUACACCAGGGCCCUCUCCCACCUUGUGCAGUGUUUUUGAAUCUCAACCGAGAAAUGAUGCUUCGCAGGCAGAUCUGCUGAGCUGGGGACUCUCUUGUUCUUCCGCUCAUUCUCGUUGGUUGGCCUUUGGUCGUCAGAAUCAUCGGCGGAGUGCUUUGGAUCGUAGCGCUCUGCACUGUGCACGCCACCUGUUCGACUGAAUGCCAUGACGAAGAAGCCAGGCAAGAGAGCGAAAGCAAUGGAUGUUGGCGACAGGAUCAGCGGCCUCCCUGACGAGCUGCUCCACCGCAUCCUGUUCUCCUUGCCGGCGCAGGACGCCGUGCGCACGUGCGUGCUGUCACCAAGGUGGCGCCACCUGGUUGUCCGCACGGCACCUCAAUGUCAGCACUCUGGGGUUCACCGGCGAGGCGAGAUUCGCCCAGUUUGUGAAUAACUUGCUGCUGCGUCGUGGCCAUGCGCCUCUCGACACCUUCUGCCUGCACGCUGAGGGGCCUCACAUUUUGUUUGACAAUAUCCGUGACACUGCCAACCUGUGGAUAUACCAUGCCCUGAGGUGCAAUGUUCAGGCGUUGAGCAUUGCCGACCAUGACCUGUACGAGGAAGGCGAAACAGAAGAUAUUCUUAGAACCUUCCACCCCGACCGUUACUCCUUUACCUCAUCACACUUGAAAAGAUUGCAUCUUCUCUAUGUUUGUGUCAGCAAUUGCCUCAUCAAGCACCUCUUGUCUGGCUGCCCGGCGUUGGAAGACCUAGAGAUGAAUGACUGUGACAUCACUGCCACAGAAUUUUCCUCCACCACAUUGAAGAACUUGAGCAUCAGCACCGUUGGUUUCUCUGUAACAAAAGAUGAGGAAGUUGAUAUUGUUAUAAAUAUGCCUAGUCUAGUCUCACUAUGCAUCGGUGCACUACUCUGUACGAAGCCUUCUUUUAUCAACAUGCGAUCAUUGUUAACAGUCUCCAUUCACUCAGAACAGACAGGGUUUGAAUUUGUUAAUGGCUGCUCUAUUCUUCGUGCUUUUUCGAACGCCAGGAACUUGACACUGCUGCACGUUGGCCCCAUGGUUGGGAAAGAAUUAUUGGGAAAUGAGAUACUAUUCCAUCAAGUAGUGUUCACUAAUUUGACAACUUUGUCUUUGAAUGAAUGGUGUUUGCAUAAUAGCUGCAAAGCACUGCUGUACGUGCUUAGGCACUCACCUAAUUUAGAAAAGCUUACUCUUGGGUUGUCCGAGGUUGGAGCUUUAAUCUAUCGACGUCCCGAGCUUUCAGGAAAUUUUGCUGUGAAAAUAAACCCCUGUUGCAAGGGAACAGAGACACCAUUUUAUUGCCAGAAGCUUAAGAAAAUCAAAAUCACCUGCCCAAAGCAUGAUAAAAGAGUCGGUGUCGUGGUGGCGAUCUUAUGCGCUAACCUUAUCUCUCUCCCAGAAAUAAAUAUCAAGCCAUCUUGAGGUAUAUUAUGGAUCCUCAUGGACAUUGGGAAGCAUUGUCGGAUUUUUUGGAGGAACCGGUUAAGCUCCCCUAAAAUAUCUCCUCUAAAUCUCUAUAUAGGGAACACCCCUAUGAAGAUUCUACCCUAAAAUUUGUUUAACUUCAGCAUCACCCCUAAAUCUUAACCCCUAUAUUUCAAUAUCCUAUAUCUUAUUAAUUUUAUGGAACUACCAAAUUCAUAUGUUUAUCUUUCUAAUACCCUGCAUUUUCAGUUGAAGAGUGAAAUUAUUGCUCCAAGCCUCCAAUACAAAAAUAACACGCAAAACAAACAGUCAAAAGAAAAUUUAUACUUUUCUUAUAUGUACUAUAACACAUGAAAGAAAAAAACCACAAACAACACAUUUUCACCAGAAUAGACAUCUAGCAGCAUGAAGUAAUUGCAAUGAUUCCAUAUACAUCUCUCUAUUUUAUCUAGCAAUCAGCAAUUACUAAAUAAAACCUAGCAAUCAUGGCAAUCCUCAGCAUUAGACAAUCAGCCCAUGUAUAAACUGUCACAGUGCCACACAACCCAGUAUAAUGAGCCCCAGUUUAAUCAGCAGUGUCAUCUAAACCCCUCUCACUCUCUCUAGUCUCUACUAUUAUUCCUCUCCUGUGACCACACACAGCAACAACAACAUAUGCACACAGGCACAUAGCAGCAACCUCUCAAUCCUGGGAUCUUAGUUCGGCCUGUAUACCAUAAGAAUAGGAGAUGGGAUGUAGAAGAAAAUACAAAAAGCCCAGCAAGCACUCCAACCCGUCUCGCGAUCCGCACGAACAACCGGCCAGCCAGCCACCUGCCUCGCUUCAGCGAUUCCCUUCCGCCCAUCCUGAUUUUAUUCGCCGCCAGCCUCCUGCCUUGCCGGCGACUCGCCGUCACGGCACGGAUUUGAAUGGGAUUAAAGAAAAUGCCACUGCUAUUACUUUUACUGAAAUGAAAAAAAAUACAUCAUGUCCUUCCCUAGCAAAACCAAGUUGAUGCAUAUCUAUGACACGACCUUGACACAUGGAGAUUUGGAAUAUCUUUUAGAAGAUAAGAUAUGGGUGGACAACGAGGUCAGCUAAGGUAUACUCCAAUGGUCAUACUUAGGUACAUCAAGAAUGUCUAAUUUAUUUGUUAUUUUUUCUACUAUAGGUCAUAAAUGCAUACAUUUUCUGCCUAAGGGUCCAAGAAAAAUAUUGUAGAGCGGGUGCAUGUGUAUUCUUAGAUAAUAGAUAUGGUUCCGGAAUACCGAAGCGAGGUUGUGAAAUUCCCAUAAACCUAGAGAGUCAUCCCCACAUCAUAAAAAAAGGUGCUUAAGUAUCUACUACAUGACAUGGUUAGACUAAUUUUCUACCUAUUUUUCUACUGGUUAUCCCCACAUCAUCAAAUUACAUUUUUUAUCAACUUACAUUGCAAGUGAAGUAAGUGGAUUUCAAUUAUUUUUUGACUAUUAUUGGUUAUCUUUUCUAUACAUGCGAAAUUUUACAUGCACUAUGUUUAAGCCAACUCCAAUGCUGUGACCCAAACGGACUCGGAUUUGGUCCGCCUUUUGUCCGUUUGGGUCGUCAGCCGUAGGGGCGUCAUGCACCCUCGUUCGCGUUUUCCCGGCUAAUACGCCCAACUGGCCGGUUUUUGGCCAAAUUUUAACAUUUUACAUUCUAUUCAUAUAAAUACAAAUAAAAGUCAUAUAGUUUUUACAUCACAAUAAAUAGUUUACAACCAAAUAAAAAUCUUAUAGUUUACAACCAAAUGAAUUUGAAAUAGUCACAAAUACAUUGAAAGAAAAAGAGCCGAUACAUCUAUUGGUUGCCUAGGUGAAUCCACGUGUGCUCAACCAAAUCAUUUUGAAGUUGAAUGUGAGUUGUCCAAUCAUGCAUUUUUGAUGAAAUUGGGUGAACUGUACAAACGUUGCCGGUCCAUGCUCAGGCUCAACAUUUUCAUACUCCACGACUCCCUCCCGAUUACGGUUGAACACAUGUCUCGCCAUCCGGAAGCGUCGGCAGUAAAGCUUGGGGUUGAAGAGUGGGAACGUGCACCGGAAAUAAUCGCUAUAGAAGGCAAUGAUCGCUCUCUCUGUUACGAUUCAAUGUCGGAGCAUGGCCCGGGAUCGCCCCCCCUACACCUAGGCCGCUGACUAGCAAUGUGCUCAUUGACGACCAAAGUAGCAACCAUGAAUCCUCUUUGUCGGACGAUGAAUCGUCCAAUGAACAUAUGAAGUUGUUUUAAAAAAAAUCAUCUGAGCUGUCCCCCAUGGUACCUUGUGGGCAAAGGGCCGAACACCUUGCGGGAGACGAUGGAGGCGGGCGUGGCCAAGACAUGGCCGGUGAAGGGCAGUGGGCCUGUGAAGUCCGCACCCUCCGACAGUGACCAUGGAGGCGAGGGGCAGUGCCGGCGACCCUUGGCAGUUGUGCCUUCUCAUGCUCCGGCAGCGGUGAGGAGCGGCCACAAACGCCGGCAAGAGAUUGGCCUCGGUGGAUGUGGUGGUGGUGCGGAAGUUGGUGGAUGCGGCGGUGGCACCUGAGUGGUGUCGCCGCGGCUAGAACUGGGCGGCGGCGAGGCCAGGGUGUAGAGUGUGGAAGGGGAGGGGGAAGAAUGGCCGCUGUGCCAUCGAUGGAUGGGCCAGGGGGAGGACAAGGGAAGGCGUCGCGGGUGUCUGCGCCCUGUCCGUGCCGACACAAACCUGGCUGAAAUUUGGGCCGGAAAGGGUUGUGGCGGACAAAAAAAGGACACUCAUUCGUUUGCGUCGGCGCGUUGGGCCGCAUUUUUGUCCGCGUGGACUCAAACGGCCGCGGGCGGACGAAAUGGGUCGCCGCGUUCAAGUUGGCCUUACAUAUACACCAGCAAAAGAAUUCAAACCCCGGUAACAACUCACGGGCAUUCUACUAUUAGUAUAUAUAUAGACAUCAGCAGUUAUGUUGCAGGAAGGUUCCACAGGCACCAUUUUAACUUGUUGUGG